UAUGAAUACAAAAUAGACACAAAAUGGCUGGAAAGGAAUUCUUAAGACAGCUGAACAUGUGCAAUGGCCAUACUCCAAGAUCCAUUUUCUUCGCGGAGGCAUGUGUGAAAUAAAUACGCGUUAUUUUUAAUAGGAUAUUUUAACUUAAUAUCGUCUCUAAAAUUAAUUUAAUGAAUCAGAAUGUGAAAUCUAGGCCAUUCUGUCUCUAAAUAUGCAAUAAUGUCGGAUUGCGUUCAGUAUAGGCUUUAUACACGGGUCAAGCAAAUACGACACGACCAAAUAUCUCCAUAUAGUACCUUUUGUUUGGUGCGUCUCAAUAAAUAAUCUGCAUAGUUUUCACGCAGGAUAUGGUCGGCCAUUUUGUUGUGGCCUUUAAGAUGAAAAACAUUAAACUUGUCGUAAAUUCUAGGCGAUAUCUAUGAAAAAUGCGAAAGGUUGGGUGUUAUUUUUAUGCAAACGAGCGUUAACCAAUGUGUCAGUGUACAACGUGUACACAUGCCAUGUUUGAAGGGAAGAACAUUCAUUAUUCCAGCGUAGAUAAUAAACCAUUAUGCUCCUUUAGCACAAAAGUCUGUAAUCAGCGGCGAUUAAAUGGCUACGCUUUCUGUGUCCGCCACAUCCUGGAGGAUUUUACGGCACCCUUCAAGAGGUGUGGUUAUGUGGCCAAGUCGAGUAAUCAGAUGUGCACACAGCCCAUACCUAAAAAUGAAGAAAGAAUAUAUUGUAAUAACCACAUGCAAGUACUGGGAAUGCUGCCGAAGAAAGAAAGAAAACCGAAAAAGGAAAAAGAUAAUAAAAAUGCCAAUAAGGAUUCUAAACUGUCGUUCGGUGAUCGCGUCAAGACAAAGUUUAACGUAAAGAAAAGUGUUGGUGUUACGAAACCUAAAACGGAGAAUAUCAGUGUUAACAUCGAUGAUCCGUAUGAUCCAUACGCGUUCUCCGAUCCUGUGGCGGAAACUCCAUGCAUGUUAUCAAAUAGUAGUAGUAGCAGCUUACCUAGUCCUAAUACAGAAAUCAAAUCAGUGCCACCCAGUCCUGGCUACGUUCCACCUAAAACCCCAUCAAAUGAAGGCACGUCUACAAUUGCAAAACUUUAUCCGGAACUGGCUGAAAAGUUGGAAAAAAUUAAACCGAAAACUGUGGAACCAAAAGUUAAAAGUCGGAUGCGUAAUUCUCACAAUAUGAAAUUCAACAAAUUACAGACUAAAAUUGCUCAAAAUAGAAUCAAAGACAAAUUACGUAAAUCUCAAGAAAACAGCCAUUUUAAUGAAGGACUACAGACAUUACAAGCUAGAUCUAAUCUAGAGUCUGUGACUAGUAGUACGGUGAUUAAUAAUAGUAAUACUAAUAAUAAUAUAAAUUAUAGUGAUGAACAAGUCAGAUUCCCGAUGGUACCUCCACCAUAUAAUGGUAGUGUGAUACCACCACCUCUUGUAGGGGCUUCCCCUCACUUACUAGGUUAUAAAACAACAGACCAUCCAAAUAUACAACAGAUACCACAAGAACCCCAUGGAUUACCUCCCCCUUAUCCACGGGUCGCUUGCGGACAGCCGUAUGGAGUACCCAGGACGUCUAACGUGGUCGUGCACAGUAAUGAUCAACACCCUGUGAUUGCCGCGCCCGCGCUUACACCAGCGCCUGUCGUUCCAUGUGCUGCGGCUCCGUAUAACCUCCCACCUCCACCCCCGUAUAUACCGCCCAAGCCACCAAAAAGACCCCCCUCUCCUGUGUUACCAGUAUUAUGCGAGAAACCUCAGCGUUUAAAGUGUUUAUUGUUAGAGAAAGAAGCAAAACGAAGACUUAAACGGGAUAGUUCUGUGAAAUAUUAUUCUUUCCAUGCUCGAAGAAAAAUUAGUAAUCAUAUUCUUAUUAAUCAAGGUAUCUGUAGUUCCGAUGAAGAGAGUGAAGACGAGGAUGUUGACAUGUUACCAUGGCAACCAAACUGGUUCUGUCCGUCAUCAGAUGAUGAUAAUAACGAUGAGGAUGAACCAGAUGAGGAUUUCUCUGAUUUACGUACAACAAAGUUAGCGCUGUUACGAUCUAGGUUAAGACGUCAGUGUCAUCAGUGUCGUACUGCGACUAGAGGUAACACAACCGUCAAGAAAUCUAGCAAUCUGGAAGUUUUAGCUUUAAUUAAAGCCGCUAAAGAAGAACCAAGAGCGUCUGUGAGGUGUAUACAGGAAAUUCUCAGGAAACCCAGAAAAGCGAUUGAUAAGUGA